UAAUCAUGUUCCACAAGAUGGCGUCUUCCAGUAAUUCGGCAUGCCGGAUUUUGCAUUGUUUGUGAUAAUUUAGACACUAUUUAUGAAGAUAAAGUAAUUAUAAAAACGGCAUCCGUGUCUUCAAAACCCCAAUAUCCAAAUUACAUCGCUUGAAUUAAUGACGACUACGAGCGUUUGAGAUGUAUGCCCUGUACAAACAGAUACACCCUCCCACAGGGAUCGAACACUGUGUCUACUGUAACUUCUUCAACACGUCGGAAAGAAAUCUCGUCAUAGCUGCUGUGAACCAGCUCGAUGUGUACAGACUGAUUCCAGAAGUUGAUGAUGUUGAAAGUCCUGACAAAUGGACAGAAAGCAAGAGAAAGCAGAAACUGGAGAGCCUGGCGACGUUCAGUCUGUUCGGAAACAUCAUGUCAAUGCAACAUGUCAAACUGCCGGGGGCACAUCGAGAUGCUCUUCUCCUCAGCUUCAUGGACGCAAAGCUGUCAGUGGUGGAGUAUGACCCAGGAACACACGACCUCCAGACGACCUCUCUCCACUACUUUGAGGAAUCUGUCAUGAAGGAUGGUUUCUCUACAAAUUAUGAUAUUCCGACAAUUCGAGUGGACCCUGACGGUCGAUGUGCAGCCAUGUUGAUCUAUGGGAACCGCCUGGUAAUUCUGCCGUUCAGAAGAGAUGCCUUGAUGGAGGAGACUGACAAUGUGGUUGGUGCAAGCAAAUCCCCCAUCAUGUCCUCGUAUAUAAUUGACCUGCGACAGUUUGAUGAGAAGAUCCCCAAUGUGAAGGACUUCCAGUUCCUACAUGGUUACUAUGAACCUACUGUCUUCAUCUUGUAUGAACCGCUACAGACUUGGGCUGGACGUACCGCAGUGCGAGCCGACAGCUGUAGCAUCGUGGCCAUCUCACUUAACAUACAGGAACGAGUCCAUCCCAUCAUCUGGUCACUGGCCAGUCUUCCCUUCGACUGUCAUCAUGUAAUGCCUGUGCCGAGGCCCAUCGGAGGGGUGAUGGUGUUAGCUGUCAACUCCCUGUUGUAUCUUAACCAGAGCGUGCCUCCCUACGGGGUGGCCCUCAACAGUAUCGCUCACGCCAGUACAGCAUUCCCUCUAAGAUCACAGGAGGGAGUAAGGAUCACACUGGACUGUGCUGAAGCUGCAUUCAUGUCUUACGAUCGACUCAUCCUGUCUCUUAAAGGAGGCGAACUAUAUGUCCUGACAUUGGUCGUGGAUGGGAUGAGAAGUGUGAGGAGUUUUCACUUUGAUAAAGCUGCUGCCAGUGUCCUUACCACCUGUAUGUGUGUAUUGGACGAUGGCUACCUGUUACUCGGCUCCCGUCUUGGAAACUCCCUGCUACUGCGAUACACGGAGAAGGUGGCUGACUUGGAGCUGGCUGACGGAGAUAGCAAGACUGAGCUUCCAACCAAGAAGAAGAAGACAGACGGGACAACAGACAUGGCCUCAGAUGUGACACAGAUUGAGAACCUGUAUGACCUUGAAGUAUACGGCAGCGCAGAGAACCCCGCCGGUACUAUGAUCACUAGUUACUCAUUUGAGGUGUGUGACAACAUCUGGAACAUUGCUCCCUGUGGACAGAUCGUCAUGGGAGAACCAGCCUUCUUGUCUGAAGAGUUCGCAGGCAAUCCUGACCCUGACCUUGAACUUGUGACCACAUCUGGAUAUGGAAAAAAUGGAGCCUUGUCCGUUCUACAGCGGAGCAUCAGACCCCAAGUGGUGACGACUUUUGAGCUGCCAGGCUGUGUUAACAUGUGGACAGUGAAAGGAACCCUCCCAAAUGACACACCACCGAAGACUCCAGCAGCUGAAGAGAAGACAGAGGAAAAGGAGGACGAUGCAAAGGAAGAGAAGGAGGAGAUAGAGGAUGGCCAUGCCUUUCUCAUCCUCAGUCGGGCAGACUCCAGUAUGAUCCUUCAGACAGGUCAGGAGAUCAUGGAGCUUGACCAUAGCGGUUUUAGUACACAGACAGCCACGAUCUUUGCCGGCAACAUUGGAAAUGACAAGUACAUCAUCCAGGUGUCAUCUACAGGGGUCAGACUGUUGGAGGGAGUAAAACAGAUCCAACACAUCCCUGUGGACAUCGGCUCACCACUUGUCCACUGCUCGCUGGCUGAUCCAUACGUACUACUAAUGGCAAGUUCAGGUCAAAUUGCCAUGCUCACCAUGAAAGAGGAUGUGAAUGGUGCUCGCCUUGUCACCACUCGGCCCUCAGUAUCACAGCACUCCCGACUCCUGACCCUGUGUUUGUACAAAGAUCUUAGUGGAAUGUUCACAACCAAGGCGACACAGCUUGGUGACGAGGAGGAGACAACUACCAACUCCAAAGAGACGAAACCCUCCACAGAGAGAGCAUUCACGCUGGAUACAGAAAAUAUUGAUGACGAAGAUGAACUUUUAUAUGGAGAGACCGACACUUCAGUGUUCACAUCGUCAUUUGAUAUCAGCAUGCGGUCCGAGUCAGAGGGGCCAAAGAGGGAGACCAAGAGCUGUCACCUCAACCCCACCUACUGGGCACUCAUGUGUCGAGAAAACGGUGUGCUGGAGGUCUAUAGUGUUCCAGACUUUAAGAUGAGCUACUAUGUCAAGAAUUUUCCAAUGGGUCAAAAGAUCUUAGUGGACAGUGUCCAGAUGACUGACAAAGUCAGCACCAGUGGUAUGGGGGGCGAGCGCCAAGAGAAAAUCAUGGGAGAUAUGCCGACCAUUAAGGAACUGUUGAUGGUGGGCCUCGGAUACCGCAACUCCCGAUCCUUCCUUUUUGCGAGAGUGGAUGAUGAGUUUUACAUAUACGAAGCAUUUCCGUUUUACCAAACACCCGUUAAAAGUCACCUGAAGCUGCGGUUCAAGAAGGUCCAGCACAAUGUGAUCCUAAGGGAACGGAGAACUGGAAAGUACAAGCGUAAGAUGGAUUCUGAAGACGGAGAGGAAUCUCAACAAACUAAUGACACUACCAUGCUUCAUUACUUCAGUGAUCUGGCGGGCUACAAUGGGGUGUUUAUCUGUGGUGCCUACCCUCAUUGGAUAUUCAUGACGACCCGAGGAUGCCUCCGUAUUCAUCCAAUGGGCAUUGAUGGCAGGGUCACUUGUUUUUCACCCUUCCACAAUGUUAACUGUCCGAAGGGCUUUCUCUAUUUCAACGGGCUGGGAGAACUAAGAAUAAGUGUUCUGCCCACACACUUAACGUAUGAUGCACCAUGGCCUGUGAGGAAAGUACCGCUACGCUGUACGCCACAUUUUAUAGCCUACCAUCCUGAAAGCAAGAUUUACUCUGUGGUACAUAGCAUACCUGAACUGUGUAAUUACCUGCCUAAGCCAGCCGAAGAAAGAGAGUAUGAUGUGAUAGAAAAAGAUGAGCGAUAUGUGUAUCCCAACUUGAAGCGGUUCGUGGUACAGCUGUACAGCCCGACUUCCUGGGAGGUAGUACCCAACACAAAGAUUGAACUGGACCAAUGGGAGCAUGCUACAAUUAUGAAGUGUGUGUCACUGAAGUCAGAAGGGACUUUAACAGGCUUAAAGUCCUUUGGGGUGAUCGGGACGACAGUCUGCUACGGGGAGGAGGUGCAGUGUCGAGGCAGGAUAUUGAUUUACGACAUCAUAGAAGUCGUGCCAGAACCGGGACAGCCUCUCACGAAAAACAAAAUCAAGGUUGUCUAUGCCAAGGAGCAGAAAGGACCAAUCACAGCCCUGGCUCAUAUCUGCGGCCUUCUGGUCACUGCCAUUGGUCAAAAGAUGUACAUCUGGCAGUUUAAAAAUGACGACUUGGAGGGCGUGGCUUUCAUCGACUCUUACAUCUACAUCCACAACCUUGUCACCGCGAAAAACCUUAUCCUGGCCUCCGACCUGCUCAAGAACGUCAAUAUCUACCGAUACCAGGAGGACUUCAAGGUUCUGUCGCUCGUCAGCAGGGAUGUGAAACAAUCGGAGACUUACGCGUCCCAGUUCCUCAUUGAUAACAACCUACUGUGUUUUGUCGUGACGGACAGUCUGAAGAAUAUCAUUGUUUACACCUACCAACCAGAAGCCAGAGAAAGUCAUGGAGGACAUCGGUUGGUAAGGAAAGCUGAAUUCAAUGCCGGAUCUCAUAUCAACACGAUGUUCCGUGUACGGUGUCGCAUCCGAGAGCCAGGGACAGACAGGAGGAUGACAGGAGCUGUAGAAAAAAGAAACAUCACAUAUUUUGCCACUUUGGACGGCAGUAUGGGCUUCAUUCUUCCCGUCUCGGAGAAGGUGUACAGACGACUGCUCAUGUUGCAGAAUGCCCUCACUACACAACUUCCUCACCUGGCUGGCCUAAACCCUCGGUCCUACAGGACAUUUAAGCAGUCUUGUCCGGAACUGAGAAAUUUACAGAAGAAUAUCCUGGAUGGAGAACUGUUAUGGAAAUAUCCAAACUUGAGUGUCAUGGAGAAAACAGAAAUUGCUAAACGGAUUGGUACAUCAGCUGAUCAGAUCUUAGAAGACUUAAUGGAGGCGGACAGAUUAACAGCACAUUUCUGAGGAGGACAUAUGACAUUAAGCUGAGUGAGGGAAUUUGUGGAAAUCUUUUCUGAGAUUUAAAAAGAAACUAAAGUUCCUGAUCAAGAGGACUAAAUAGAGGGACGUUUGCGAAAUUAACGUACAAUACACAUCCUACUGAAUCAAAAUAGGGAACUUAUUCAACAUGUCAACAGUGAUUGAUGGGAAGUUCGAUUUCAGACCACACAGAUACUUGUGUAAAAAUUGUACUUUAGAACAGCUUUGAGCAGCAGAAUUUGUUAUAGAGCUUUCAGUCUCAGAUCUGACUUCUGGACGUUUUAAAAGGUUACACAAUAUGUUGGUUGUCAUGACAACUAUGUCAUUUCAUUUCAUUUUUAGAUUUCAUAGAUAUUUGUUUACCAUCAGCUUCAUUCUAUGCAUGAUCAAUCACUUCAUAAUGAAUGAGUGGAUCUGUAUGAAUAUUGUAUAAGUAAGGAUUGGAUUAUGUCCAUUCAAGUAGGUUUCAAACUUUAAAAGAAUGAUAUGGUCAAGACAGAUAAUUGUUGUAUUUUGAAACCUUCUGAAAGCAGAUGAAAAUAGUGUUCUAGACUGGAAUUUAAACCCUGAACUUCAGACUGUAAUACUAUUUCUCUAACUGAGUGAGUUACCUGGCCAACAUAAGAGUCCUGGCCGAACUGUGUUACAGUUAUAUCAAAAGAGAAGUUAAGGGAAGGUUACUGUAGAUUGGAAAAAGCAAACUGCAGUGAGACCGGGAUCCUUAAGAAGUAAGUAAAUCUGAACUACAACAUCCUGCUUUGAGUGCUAAAAGUGAUGUAAUGAGAAUCGUUAGUCAAAUAACGAAAGUGAAAAUAUAUGUUUUUAUGGAAUGACAGGAGAUAUUUGUAUGAGGUAUAUUUGAAUUAAAAUGAAUCAUCUGUAAAUAGGUUCUGUACAUAAUCAAGCCAUGGAUUUAGAAUCCGGAUCUAAAUCCGGGAUCAGUAAGAAUUUUAUCAUUCAAAGAUUGAUAUUUUUUACGAUAUUGUUAUACAUUGUGCAUGUACAUAGAAAUAAAGAUGGAAGAUUAA